ACCGCAUAUUCCUUUGUAUCUUGCCAAAGCAAUCUUGUAGCCAGGUUGUCAUGCCAGGCUCUAACAAAGUGUAACAGUUUGGUCUUUUUAGACUUCAAGUAUUAUGCCAUCACCACCCACAAAAAGACAUAAGCCAGUUGUAGGGAAGGGCCAAGGGAAACUUCAAGAUAGUAUGGCGAAGAACUAUCGAGAGCGCCGCUUAAAGAGGGUGAUGAAGAUAGAUGAGGGAGAGGACGACUUUGAAGCUGAUUACCAAGCAUUCUCUAAGAAGUACGAUGAGAAGGAUGAGUGCCACUAUAAGUUCAUGGCUUUAUUACCAUUCAAGAAUGGUCUUCCUAAUGUCUCACCGCCAACAAAAGAGAAAGUUGGACUUCAUUUUGCCAUGAAAGAUGUUGUGAUUAGUCAAAAACCAACCACCACCAAUGAAGGUAUCAUUGUAAGGCCGAAGUGCAAGCGAAAGACCCCAUAUAGGGGCAUCCGCCGACGCCCUUGGGGAAAAUGGGCUGCAGAAAUCCGCGAUCCUACAAAAGGUGUUCGUGUUUGGUUAGGCACGUAUAAAACACCAGAAGAUGCAGCUAGAGCAUAUGACGCUGAGGCCCGCAAGAUUAGGGGCAAUAAAGCAAAGGUGAAUUUCCCUAAUGAACCACCAAACAUGGUGAGCAAUUCACCAAAACUAAUUGUUACUGCAAUGACUACAAUGGCUAUCCCAGCAGACAAGUUGAAUGCCAAUGAAUUGAUGUGCCAUAAAAACUACUCAAAUGAGGAUUUUUUCUCAAUGGUGAACUUUAGUGGAAACAAUGGUAACUUUAUUUCUACUGCGGCCUUUGGCUUACAAUGUAUCAAAAAGCCUCGUGUUCCUUAUGGCAUCCCAAGGAUUGGUGAGUGUUCAAAUCAAAAUAGAAUGACAUAUGGUUUAAGUAAUGGAUUGGGCAAUGAAGCUAGUAGGAACCUGAAUGGAUGCUCUUUCUUACCACAAGCUGGCAUGCCAAUUUUCAUUCAACCUACUUUUGAUGGCCCUUCAAGGAUGAUAGGAAGAAAUGAUGGCGUGAUUGUUCCUACUUUGACUAAUGCAACACCCAUGGCUGGUGUUGAUGCUGCGAAAAAGAUGAAUCAAGAGCCUAUUUUCCAAGAGAUGGAAAGUGAAGAUAUUCCUUCUAUUUUGCAAGGUGAUGUCAGUGAGGACGUGGCAGCUGAGAUUAGUAUGUGGGAGUUUUAUGACAACCUAUUAGAUAAUAAGGAAAAUUGAUGGAUCUUGACAUCAUGCAUGGUCCAUAUGGCUUCUUUCUUGAUGAUACUAGCAAGUGGUUCGAAGCAUGCAUGAUGGGGAUGGGGAUGUAGUCGCAAAUGGCAUAUUCAUUUUAUAAUGUCAAGUAAAUGCAGCCGUGUUAUCCAUGUGUAUCAGUUUGGACUGUUUAUUUAUGCUUUGUUGUAAGCUUACAGGCAACGGAACCUGAUUGACAUUGUGGGUGUUAUUGUAAUGUAAUGAUAAUUUUCAAGCCUU